GAGGGCGCGGAGAAGAAACGGGACGCCGCGAUAGCACAGGCGAAGGCCUGCAACACAGAGGUCGCGUCUCUCCAGGCGCGACUUCAGGAGGCGGCUGCGAGCCAGAAGAAAAACAUGCGGCAGCAGGCGGCCUUGGAGAAGAAGUUGUCGGGGCAGUCCUCCGACAACAGAGUCCUGGAGGGCGACCUCAGAGACGCGGAUCGAAGAUUGGAGGAAGCACUUGCCCACCAGGUCAGUCUCCGCAGCGAGGCGGAAGAGCAGGCCAGGCAGUGCGAGAGGGAAAUGUCCGAGCGCGCCGAGUCGAACUCGAUCAUGGCCAGGCAGAUGGAACAGCAGGGCCUCGAGAUUGCGCAGCUCAUGCACCAUGUCUCGACGCUCGAAGGACAGCUCCAGGCUGCUCAAGGACGGCAGCAGCAGGACGAGGGCCGCCCAGGCGCAGGCGAGGUGGCCAACUAUGACACCGAGUUCGAGCGAGACUUGUUCCACGGGGACGAGGAGCCCGACGGUCUGUCACUCAGCCCCCUUCCGGCGGCCAGCGCCGCGGAGGACGCCCGGGCCAGGGCGCUGCGGGAUCGCCUCGAAGUGUUUGUGCAGUGCCCGCUGCCGGCGGAUGCGCGCGCCAAGCGCGUGGACGAGAAAGGGGCGGGGCACGUGACGUGCGGCCUCUGCGGGCAGGAGAAGGUCAUGCGAAACCUGCGGUUUGAUUUUUUCGACACCCACCUGGCUUCGUGUCGGAAGAAGAGCCACCGCCGCCAGGUGCCGCAGACGUCCACGCUGUCUCGCUUCCUCCAGCCGAGAGCGCGCCAGGCGGAAGGCGCCCCAGGCGACGAGGUCGUGCCUCAGCCAGCCCCCGCCGCGACGGCGCCGCCGCCGCCCGCACCGCCCGCGUGCCGCGGGCUUUACCCGCUGCGCAUCCUUCCCGACUUCGGCAGCACGGCGGAGGGGGCGAUCCGCGGCCAUCUGGCGACGGGGCGGUCAUACGAGAAAUACACUUACGAGCUCACGGUGGACGCCUACGUGCACUUCGAGAAGGCGUCCGAAGAAUGUUGCCUGGCCUCGGCCGAUGGCAUCAAAGUGCUGCGCAGUCGCAGCUGCAGCAGCGGCGGCGCGGACCGGGAUCGGGUGCUGUCGCGCGCGGUCCCCGAGCACCAUGCGGAGUGGAUGGGCGCGACGUGGCCCCAGUGCGGGCAGUGCCAGAGCGAGUGCGACGUCUUCUUCAAGAAGGCCAUCCACUGCUCCCCCAGAGGGUGCCCGCACUGGCGCGAAGAGCCGCUCACGGACUUGAUCAACGAGUGCAAGGAGCGCCUAUCGUUCUUCUCCACUGCGGGGAAGAUCGCCGCGGCGCUCCCCGCGGGAACUCAGCGGGACGCGGCCGAGUUCUUGAGGAAGAUUUCCGCGAUCGCCCUUCACAAUUCAGGCGUGCUGAAGGACGAGGCGGUGUUCGGGGCGAUGCAGGCCUGGAUGCGCCGCCAGACAUUGAAGCACGGCGCCAAGGGCAACGGCAUUCGGUACACCCCCGGCGCGAAGGACUUCAUCUUGGGCUCCAACCUGGCGUGCCCUCGCAGCAAGCGUUUCAACGACGCCGCCCUCUUCAAGUUCACGACUGCGUCGACCCGCGCGCUGCGACAGUGGCGCGCUGCCGAGCGCCAGGCAGGCGACGAAUCCUGCUUACUGGACUGCAGGAGGACGUCCGUGAUUGAGCGCAUCAGGGCAACGGCCCCUUCGCCCCCUCCCAGGGGCGCGGCGGCGGCCCACGUUCCCGUCGUCGUUGUCCCCAUGGACGAGAUUGUGGCGCUCAAGACGCUCAUGCACAACAAGCGCCACAACAUAGUCGUUGGGGGUGACGCGGUCAGCAACGCGCACAUGGUGGAGUGGUCGGAGGAGGUGGACUGGCGGGGCCUCGGGGACGAGCUUGCGUCGAAGGUCAAGUUCGCCCGUGCGAACGUCGUGUCCCAGGGGGCGGCCAAGGACGCCAUCCGGCCCAUCAAGAUGAGGCCGGGGGGCGGGGCCGACGCUAGCGCCGAGAGCGCGUUCGACGAGGCGACCAUGGACGAAGUGCGCGCAGCCUUGCCAGGAUGCCACGUCCUGGCGGGCUUCACUGACGGGGCGUCGCAGGAGCAGACGUGGAUUCGCCAGACCCUCUGCGCGUACGCCGCGCGCGAGGAGACGGCCCGCCACCCCGCGCAGCACGCAGCAACCCGCCCGUACUUCGCCGGCGUCGACUUGUACCAUCUCCUGAAGGCGCUGCGCUCUGCCGCGGUGUACGGGGCCACGGUGGCGCCGUGGGGCGGGCGCGUGCUCGCGGCGCCGGUCCUCUUUUCGAUGGUCGGCGCCUCGCAGGAGGACAUCCGCGUCAGGGAUGGCUUCUCGGAUUGGCGCGUCGCCCGCCUGGAGAGGAUGGUGCCGGAUCUUCCCCGCGCGGGUGCCCCGACGCACUGGGUCGUCGGCACCAUGAUGUACUUCGGCUGCAUGUCUCUUGCCCGCGUCGCGGGGGCCAGCAAGAGCGCGGGCCUGUCCCGACGCGGAAAAAACACCAUAGCGUGUUUCGUCGCCCUCCUUUUCGUCCUGAAGCACGGGAACGUUGCCUUUCCGCACCGCUGCGCCACGCUGCCGCUGGAGUACUUCUUCGGCGUUCUCCGCACAGCGCAGACGUCGGACCAGCUCAGCGUGAACCAGAUGCUGAACUUGGUCGAGAAGACGAGGGACUUGAACGCUCUCGCCGCCAAGAACAAUUGGGCGGAGUGGUCGUGGUCAGCGGCGGGGCUCUCCCGAGUUGCGAGCACUGGCUUACCUACGGGGGGGGGCAUCACCGAUGACGACUUUGUCAGCAUAGCCUCCGAAGCCGCCGUUGUUGCGGCGUCCGUGCUGCACGCCGCCGGGUGGGAGCGCGCUGCUCUGAGCCCGUUCCUGUUCUGCUUCACUUCGUGGGGCUCUUUCGCGGCCACGCUGGAACAGGCGCUCCGUCGCGCCCGCGACCCGGCCGCCGAGGGGGGGGCCCUCGGGGAGGACGCGGAGCCGCCCCGCAAGAAGAGAAGGCGGAAGGCCGCCGCGGCCUCGGGAACGGAUCCAGUCCUUCAGGGUUCCGAUCAGGCGGCCGCCCUUCAGGCCCUUGCCGACGACGCCGUCCUCGGGCCCAUCGAGGACCGCGACGCGGGGGUCCUGGUGCCGCGAGAGGAGUCGCCAGUCAGCUGCGCGCAGCCCACCGAGGACAGCGUCGACUUGCUGAUGCGGCGGCUGGGGGCUCUGGAGCGCGUCGAGUCUCUGCCGAACCUCCAGGGCGCGCUGCGUGACUUGGGGGAGGCAGCCAAUGCUUUCCAGCCCCAGUUCAAGCACAAGGGCCUCGGCAAUCGCAGCACUCUCUUCAAGCGGCUGCAGAUGUCUUGCCUGGCGUCCGUGGAGGGGCUCGAUGGCGCGGACCGCUACGUCAACUACGAUGUGGUAUGCUUUGAUGCGAGGGCCCGCGCCUGGGGGCGGGUCGUCAGCACGUUCGAGAAGGUGCGGAACAAGUGGGUCGUGGACUUGGACGACGCGGACAAGGUGCAGGCCAUGAAGGCCAAGGCCCUGAAGGACAGGCGCCUGCUCCUCGAGUCGGUGCAUUUCAGCGCCGACACCGCCAGCGAGCCCCACGCGGUGUGGGUCACGUCCAGGGAGUACCGCGCCUGGACCGCGAGCGGGGGCGACGUGUGCAUGUUGCCGGGCACCCACGCGGUGGUUUCGGCCGUGGAGAAUGCAGAGAUGGAGUCUUGGGUUUACAGUUGCAAGAAUGCCGCGGCGCUGGCGCGGGCCGAGCUGGCGGGUGUCCCGCUGACCCAUCACCGUGCUGAGCACUUGGUUCACUUCGCGCGAAGCCUGGCCGACAUGCCGAAAAACAAGUUGCUCCUGAACGAGACGGGCUUGGGGCCGGCCGUCAUGCAGUUGAAGAAGUCGCUCCAGGGCGAAGGCGCCAACGAGGUGGCGAAGCUCGUGGGCUCUUGGAGGAGCGCCGCGAAGGACGCCAGCAGCACGUGGACCGGGCCCGUGCCGCCGAAAGGGUACCUGUGA